AGCAUGCGCCAAGCACUAAUAAUUUCAACAUGGCUGCGAAGGCUUCCGCUUUCGCUCAGUUCUUUUCUAAAGACAAGACAUUUAGACCUAAAAAGAGAUUUGAUGUUGGUACUAUGAAAUAUAGUUUACACAAACAAGCAAAUGCAUCAUUAAAUGCUGGAAUAGAUUUAAAAGAAGUUGUUAAGCUGCCACCUGGUGAAGAUGUCAAUGACUGGAUUGCUGUUCAUGUUGUUGACUUUUUCAACCGUAUCAAUCUGCUGUAUGGAACAGUCUGUGAGAACUGUACAGAACAAUCCUGCCCAACCAUGAGUGGUGGCCCUAGGUAUGAGUAUCAUUGGUGUGAUGGAGAUAAAUAUAAACGUCCAACAGCUUUACCAGCACCUCAAUAUAUAUCAUUAUUAAUGGAAUGGGCUGAAUCACAGAUUAAUAAUGAAAAUAUCUUCCCUGUUACUGUGGGUGUUCCCUUUCCCAAAAAUUAUCUUCAGUCAUGUAAGAAGAUAUUGACAAGACUGUUUCGUGUAUUUGUACAUGUUUAUAUUCACCAUUUUGAUAAAUUGGUGGCAAUAGGAGCUGAGGCUCAUAUAAACACUUGUUAUAAACACUUUUAUUAUUUCGUCACUGAAUAUAAUCUGGUAGAUAAAAAAGAGCUUGAACCAUUGAGAGAUAUGACGGAAAGAAUAUGUCAUUAGGAGAUUUGUUUCUUACCAGAUUAAAUCAAGUAUUUCAAUAUAUGUUGCUAUAGUAAACAACAUGAUGGAUAGCAACAGUUACCAUAGAAACUAGUUUGUAUAUAUAAUCAACCAGCAUAGUUUCGCUAAACGUCCAGUGAUCUCAGUCAAAAUAGUAUGAUACAGCUCAUGCAGUAAAUAUCAGCUAAUGAAACAGUUAGUUUUCUUCAUGGAGUAUUCUAUUUGCAAAGUGGAUGUUACAUUGCAGUUUUUUGUUCAUUGCUUGCAAAUAAUUCAGCUAUUGAUGUUGCCCUUGCCAAAGAUUAUUUGCAUCAUCAAUGAAAUACAAAUUCUGUGAUUAAUUAAGCUAUAUAAGUCAUACCGUAGCAAAACAACUGUUAAAUCUCCCUAUAUUUUGUUUAUUUGUCUCUGUUCAUGUGACCAUUAUUUUCACUGAGCUUAAGUAAAUGCAUUCAUGAAGGUGGUGUAAAUCUUUUAAAUUUCUCAUUUGAUAGUUUAUAUUUGGGGGUAUUUGAAAUAUACAUUUAUAGAAAAAAUUACAUUGAAUGAUAAUCUUGCUAUAUAGGUUGUUGUAAAAGAAGACAAGCGUAUAGACUAUAAUAUGAUAUUGAAAACUUUAAUGAUAGGAUUCAAUGUAACUUUCCUAUGUUAAAUAUUAAAUGGCAUACUUAGAUUUAUUUGAUUUUAAUUUGCUCAUUUCAUAAUAAUUAGCACUAUGGAAUGUUUCUUUUUGAUAUUACAAAUAAUUGAAAGUAAAAAACCUUGACUAGUCUUAGGAAAUCAUAAAUUUAAUGGAAAGUCAAAUCCUCUAGAUAUUGAGAAAUGUUGAUUUUGUUACAUUAUCUGUGGAGCUUGUGAAUAUGCAACUGUGAUUUUGGUCUUUGGACUCAAUGUUUUGUUGAGCAAUAUUUAGUUUUCCUGUGAAUACAGUUUUGAAAGUGAAAGUAACAGAAUUUCAAAAAUGUUUUAAUCAUGAUUUAUGAUUUCCACAGACUAGUGAAGGAAUUCAUUACGUUAACAUAUCAUGCUAUGAUAUUUCAAUAUAAAGUUCAGCAAUAUUAGUAGGGGAAUAUUAAUUAAGAAAAUUAAUGACUUAAUUGAGAAUCACUUCAAGAAUGUUUUGUUUUAUACAUAGCUAAAUUUUUUUAUGAAUUAUUUUUGUCCAGGCAGCUAUCUUAUGAAACUAUUGUGUUCUGUGAAUGAUGUUUGAAUUUGUUUGUCUAUUAAUGCUUAUACAUAACUUACUUUAAUGCUUUCUUGCUUGUGACAAACAAAAAACAGAUGAAUAGGAUGGGCUAUGUGGACUCUCUGAAAGGAGUUAGACACAGAAUGGUAUCAAGUGUUCUGUAAAGGUGAUCAGAGAGGUAUAUUGACUGUUCUACAAAAUUACUUACUACAUUGGAGAGUUGAAAUAAAUAAUUUUUUAAGAUAGCUGUUAUUUGUAUAAUAUAUUUUGUAUAUCCAUUAUAAUAUUCAAGCUUUUUAUCUUGUAUUUAUUUUAUAUUAUUCAUUAUUUACUAGUCUAGAUCACUUACUAUCUUGUAUUAUUUUUUAUCUGGCUGUGCCAAUUUACUUUCUUCAGGAAAAGAGAUAAGAAAUUUGAAUGAAUUAAUUGACCUUCAGGUUGAAUUGAAGUGAAGUGAUGUAGUCUUCUAAUUAAUCUGUUAUCUAGCUCAAAACUCAAUUUCAGUCACCUGUGACACUCUUGGUAAUUUCACCUUGCUAGAACUUUGACAACUCAAAUAUAAAAUCUCAAUAAGAUAACUCCAUACUGAAGUUUAACAAGUAGUACUGGAGAAUAGAACUUCUUGUCAAACUUCAGUAGGGACAUAGGCUGAAAUAGGUCAGUUGUCAGAAGAUCGCACAGUGUGAAACUCUGAUUAACAACAUGUUUCAGGUUCUGUUUUAAUAUUUUUAAGUUAUUAUCUGCACUAAACAAGUCCCAAUGAUAUUAUUACUUAUUUAUUAUUACUAUUUAUAUGUCAUCUUUAUUUGAGUUCUGCAGUUUUAACUCAUUGUUCAGGUAAAUUGUAGAUAUUUGCUGUGACUUAAUGCUCUCAUCGUGUAAUGUUCGCAUAAUCAUUUCAUAAACUUGUUUAACAUUGAAUACAGUCGAUGUUGGCUUAUAUUCAGUUAGCUUGAUAUAUGAGAAAAGUAAGAUCAAGAUAGCUGACUCAAGAAAUCAUAAUUCAAAUACAGCCCGAAAUAUUUCAACUUUUGAUUAGUGUCAACAUCUAAUGAAAUAUAGUAAAUGAAAAUAAAUCAUCAGAUAUUUAUAUAUCAAGAAACUAUCGAUUAUAUCUUAUAGAAGUCCAGUUGUGUUUAUAUCUAUUUAAAUAAAAAGUUCAUCAAAUUAUAACUGAGAAAGCAUAGGUUAGGGCUUAUGCUUGAAAGAAAAAAUUUGUGUGCUCAUUGCUACAAGUAUAUUGCCAGAAAGAACUAUUUUCAGAAAUUUGUAUAUAUUUUUGCAUAAAUAUCACAUAUAUCUGUUGCUUUGAAAUUAUAUUUGCUGUUGUUUUUGCUUGAAGAAUAAUAUUAACAAAAUCUGUAAGCUCAAGUGAUUUGUCAAUCUGAUUUAAUGAUUUUUGCUAAAAUUUUGUAAAUGAAAUUCAUUUGUUUAAAUUCUAAGUGAAUUUAGUCCUCUGAGCAUUGGCUCAUAGAAUUGAUAGAGUUUAAUUUCAUUUUAACAUGGCACGGAUAUCAGGUGUCAUUUUCGAAAAUUAACAAAAACUAACUAUGGAAGAUCAUUGUUCUGCCAAAAGUAUGUAUAGUUGGACAUGUGUUCCACUAACUAUUAUUGUGCUCAGAUAAUGAAUUGCUAUCAGUUGAUGGUUGUAAAGUUAAUUAACCUAAUGCCUAUUAGCAGUUUUGAUUUUUUGAUUCCAAAAGAUUUGCUCCAAAUUAUUCAAAUUUAUGUUAGUUUUUCAUGCUUAUGUUAUUAUUUGUUUGUAAAAAUCAUUAUUAAAAAUAAACUUAUUGUCCAUAG